AAACUGACAGCUGAACGUCAAGCAAGAAAAAGUCAUGUCAAUAUUAUACGAAAAAUUACAAUGUUUAUAUUUUAGGUAAUUUUAUUCGUGAUCGAAUGAAGAACCAACGAAAUGUUAUUAAAAUUUAGUCUUUCCCUUCGAAAUGCUAAAACUGUUUUUUUGUUUGACAACAAUCUAUAUGUGUGCACAAAUUAUAUAUGCUCAGGCUGUCCCAGAAUACGCUUUCGAGUAUGAAGAAAAUCAGGAAGCAGAUAGUGAUAAUGAACCCCCGGAAGCGAAACGAACCAAACCUCCAGUCGAAAGUAUACCAACAGAAAAAGUCAUUAUUGCAGAAUCAACUAUUAAAGAGCCAGUUAGAAUGAAAGAACCAGAGAGAACAGUAUUUACAACAAAAGAAACAGAGCCCACAGAGUCAGCUACGCAACCUGAAACAGAAGCGACAAAAGUUGAAAUAAAUAAUCGUAAUAACGAAGAGGCUAUGGAUAUUCCAAAGAAACCUAUUCAACCAAGGAAACCUAGUUUCAAGCCUCUUAGAAGAAAACUUGAAAGGGAAGAUGAAGAGCGCGUAGAGACAACAGCUGAGACUUGGAAUGAGCAUCGAAUGAGCCCGAUCAUAAGUUGGUAUCAGAAGCCCGAGCAGACUUUAGACAAUUUCGACGUUUCGUUUGAAACAGUGCCAACGAAACGUAGAAACACUAAACCUAAGAGGAAAAAGACUAAGUCUCCUAAAACUGAAGCAAGAUACAUGAAUGAAGAUGAAGAAAAACCUUCUUUUAAAGCUGAUGAAGGGAUCAAUUGUGAUGAUUUUGCAUCGUAUGCUUUGAACUGUACUAUUGAAGCUGCUUUGUUGUAUAAUUCUACGCGGAAGUCUCCUCCACUGCCUUCAAAGUUCUUCGAUUGGUGCAGAGCUAUAAGGCUGAUGACAACCUGUGCGAUUGACUGGAACAACGCAUGCAAGCAUGUCACUGAAAGUCAUUUCAGUCACGACAGCGUCAAAGGCCACGUUCACGUCCUGAAUAACGUUUGUGACGAUGAACCUUUUGCUGCCCGUUACGAGGACGUGUGGCCCUGUAUCGAAAACACGAUAUUUGAGUGGGAGGAAUGCUACACGAACUUCAAGAAGGAAAUCGACGAACAGAAGAGCUCUUCACAGUCUUGGACCCACUACGAUACACAUUUCAAACUUUGUUGUGCGCGAGCGCAGUUCCGCGCGUGCACGCUGGACAUCCUGUUCCAGAAGUCCAAGUGCACGCAGGAGGAGGCCGUCACGCUGCAGAAGUUCUCCGUCAUCGUGUCCGAGGGAGAUGUCUAUCAGGACUGCGACCAAAAUGUCAUGUACGACAACUGCCCCGGCGGAGACCCGCGACCCCCGCGGGACCUGCUGCUCAAACUCACGGAAACCGAGGAAACGCCAUCAACAGACUCUGGAAACGGAAACAGAAACGCCAUCAACCUGACUUCAUUCUACACUGUGCUAAGUGUGUUUUAUCUUGUCCGAUUGUGUUGUGCUGUGUAGACUGUGUUUUGUUUUUGUAUGCGAUUUUUGCGUUUUUUGUUUUGUGUGUUUUUGUUAGGUAAUAUAUUUUGAAAGUUU